UUUACUGAAAAAUACAAGACCUCAUGUCGUUAGAACUGUCUGCCAGGUGGCGAUGGAGUUAUACAAGACAGUUCAGUGUACGCAAAGACCUGAGUUUGAUGAACUUGUAUCCAUGUUGCUUUUAAAAAGUACGCACACGAACAAGGGAAUUCGAAACGAUGCUCAACGUGCCUUGGAUUCUAUGGUGACACAUUUAUCCCCUGCAAUUUGUAUCCGAAUAUUAACAAGUGAACAUGGUGCCAGGUAAAUGAACAAAUUUAUUUCACACAAACAUGUCUGCUUAAAUGUACAUUUUCAUUGUUAUAUGCUUAUUAUAUAAUUAUUGAUUAUUUAUGCUAUCGAAAUGUAAGGUACAUGAAAUUUUUGACAUAUCUUUAUGUGCAGCCACAAGAACCCAUUAAUAAGAGCGACCGUAAGUCGGUUGCUUUAUAAUAUUAUUAACAUUAUUGGAGUGGAAUGUUUAUUGUCAAAUCCAAGUUUUAAGGAUUGCCGGCGAAAGAUAUUUAUAAUGUGCGCCAAAUUUCUUCUCGAUGGUAAUAAUGAAACAAGGUAUUGAAUCAACAGAUAAAGAAUAUAUCAUUAUACUUAUAAAAAUUCCUUGUAACUGCGCAGAGACGCUUUUACAUGUAUGUAUGCUUGUAGAGCUCUCUUUACACAAGAAAUUUUUUAUUUCUUGACAAAUAGAUUUAUACGAGAUACUUGUUUUGCAGAAUAUUAUAUAUUAUAAAAAAAUAUAUAUUUCAAAUCUCUUAUUACCCUUACAUUAAAAUACUCUUUAAAAUUAACUUAUUCAUAUUCCGUAUAAAAUUGAAGAAACGAUUAUGAUUUCUGACUUAGCAAACGAUGCCAAAAUAAAUGUGAAAUAUUUAAUUAUCAUUCUGUAGGAACGACGCGAAAAAGGCAUUGAAAACUUUGAUGGGCCAUCAAGACUUUGAUACUCUCUUUUAUCAGGAUGUAGAUUGGAAAAUUAUUAGCAGCAUAGAGAAACAAUUAAUAUCUUUAAAGUAUAGCCCAAUUCAUAGUGUAUAACAUUAUUCAUUACUGUCCCAUGCAAUAUAAUAAUGUAAUAUCUAUUAGUGUGCACUUCUUUUGUGAUAAUAUUCCAGUAAUAAAUCGCGUAAUUAUAUAAUUUGAAAAUUCAUUAUAUUAUAAUAAUAUAUUAUUAUUCUACAGUUAUUAACAAUUAUUGCUAUUAAUUUUUCAGUAUUAUAUAUACACCAAAAUAUAAGCAGAAUUAAAUAAUAUUGUACAAAUGAAAUUUUCUGUAUAGAUGCUUUUUAUCUAUAAUUUUAUUGAUAUAUCAAGGAUACCUUAUUAUCAAGGAUAAGUUAUUACAUAAAAUUAGAUGAUUAUUUAUAUAUUCAAAUAGGAGAGGGGGAACUCCAUUUUUCUAUUUAUGACAUUUUAUAUUCGUUUUGCUCGCACUCUGCACAUGAAAUGAAACGAGAUGAAUGUAUAUUCGCCCGUUGGAGAGAGAGGGAGUAAAAAUCUGAGAGUGUAGAAAGUGCAAACAAAACAAAUAGAUAUUUCAAUCGGGAGGCGGGAGGUUAUGUCGUAAAUAUGGCGCUCACCAUCUCUUGAGAUCAGAGACUCAGUAUCGACGACGCGACCGAACACCGAACGGCGUUCACCGUCAACGGAUCAUCGUCGGCGGAUCCAAAAUGCCGUCCAGAUCGCUGUCAAUGUCGCGCACGCGAUUCGGUUAACGAUAGAGAAAGAGAAACAGUACGUGCGAAGACAGGCCUGUGACGUAAAGCUCGACGCGAUGAGAUCCGUGUACAAGUUGUUCCUGCUGUGCCUUAUCCUGGCCGCGCUGAUAAUACUGCUCAAUGUGACGACCAAUUUCUCCAGUAAGCUGUACGACCAGACGCCCGCGAGCAGAGAGCGACUGACGCUGCAGCAGAAAAAACCGCCGGCGUCGUCGUCGGCGAGCGAGGUGACGAUAUGCGUGGUGGUGUGCGGGGACAGGCUGCACGAGGCCCUGACCAUGCUCAAGUCGGCGUUGGUCUUCACCAACAGGCCACUGCAGUUUGUGAUACUUGCGGAGAACAAUCUGAUACCAGCCUUCAGCGAGAAGCUGUCGGAAUGGAGGCUCAUAUCGAAUAAGACAUUCGACUUUCUGGUGCGGCCCAUCACCUUCCCGGACGGUAGCGAUGUGGCGAUGUGGAAGAAGCUGUUCAAGCCCUGUGCGGCUCAGCGAUUGUUUCUACCGACUGUGUUGAACGACACGGAUGCGGUGCUCUACGUGGACACGGACACUCUGUUUUUGGCACCACCUGACAAGAUCUGGGACGAGUUUAAAAAGAUGAACUCCAGCCAACUGGCAGCCCUCAGCCCCGAACACGAGGAUCCCAACACUGGCUGGUAUAACAGAUUCGCCAAGCAUCCAUAUUAUGGCAAGUUGGGCGUCAAUUCUGGAGUGAUGCUGAUGAAUCUGACGAGAAUGCGGGAGUUUCGAUGGACUGACUACGUGAUUCCUAUACACAAGGAAUACAGACUGAAGAUCACCUGGGGCGACCAAGAUAUCAUCAACAUAAUAUUUCACCAUCAUCCGGAGAAGCUAUACGUGUACUCGUGCCGGUACAACUAUAGGCCCGAUCACUGUAUGUAUACGUCGGUCUGCCAGGAAGCGGAGAGGGACGGCGCCUUGGUGUUACAUGGUUCUCGUGGCACUUUCCACUCGCAGAAGCAACCGCCCUUCAGGGCCGUGUACAAGGCCAUGCAGGAGUAUCAACUGAACACGGAUCCGUAUGACGAGUUGCUCGUGCCGAUGAGAAAUUAUCUGGCGAUGGAAGAUAAGUCUAUCUGCGGUCGAGUCUCAAAGGUGUUCAUCAUCCAACCGGAGCUACAUUUAGCUGCCCAUAAUUUUUGAAACUUCUAUUCCAUUUUUAUACGUGUUCGCGCGAGAUACAGUUUGACUUUGUAUCUUCUGAAAUUUUUAUAGAUGCGUUCGUCUUCACGAUAUACAGAUAUAUAUAUCGAAGCGAUAACUUAAAGAGUAAUCGUACAUAUCUGCGUAGCCACUUUUGGCCACAUAAUGUAAUAUUGUCCGCGCAUUUUUCUUCCGGAAUAUUCUCUUUUGUGAGAUCGUAAAAUACUUAACUAUAUGUAAAUACUUAUCUAUACACACAUACUUAAGCGUUUUAAUACACGUUGCGAUACAUUUAAUUAAUCGAAAAGUACAGAUUUGUAAACGAAGAGUCAUUAUGCUAAUAUAUAAGCAUCCUGCUUCGUUAUUAUGUAAGAAUAAGCAGUGUGUGUAAAUUACGUCAAUUAACGUAUCCGGUCACCAAUGUAUGUUCUGCCGCGGAACUACGUUGAUUUACGGACAAUAUGUUUUUAAUGUGUUUAUUAAGUCAGGGAAUCUAUAAAAUUGCGAGCGCGAUUUGCUUGCAAAUUAAAGAGUGUAAUUCGCGCGUUAAUUCCAGACGAUUCUCCACAUAUUAUAGACUGAACUUUUUCUAUAUAUAGUGCAUUUGAGUUUUUUUUGUUAACAAGUGCGCUAUGUUGUUACUGUUUGUAGGAACGAUGGUGCGGCGAAUAUAUUGUUAUACAUUUUUAUCUGAUACUUUUUGCGACAAUACUUGAUCGGUAAGGGAAAGCAAUGAUCAGGGCUUAUCUUUGAAUCAUUUGGUCCUUAAACGAGAUAUUAUCUCUUAUGAAAUUGUUGCUAAUAUAUAUUUGACAUGCUACUGCAUCUCUUGAUAUUUUUCUCUCUCUCUUUCUUGAAGCUCUUAAGAUAUUAUUUUAAUAAUAAAAAAAUGAUACUCUUCUUUUCUCUAUGAAAAUUGAGAAAAAAAUAUUAAAUUUGUUUACAAUAUUGAUUUUGCUCCUUAUUUGCAUGGUUAUUACACAUAUAAGUGGUUUCAAUAAGAGAUAAGCUGAUCGAUGCAGACGUGCGGGAUUAUUAUGAAAGUGAUGUAAGUCCGACGUCGAAAAUGUUAGAAUCGAAAUAAUACAUCCGUUUCUAUAUCUAUGCGAAAUAUUUAUACCAUUUCCAAAAUAAGCAUUUCACAUUUUGGCGCAACGAUAAUUGAUUACAGAUCUGAGUAUGAGAAUUAUAAUACAAUUUUUAUAUGAAUUACAUUUCGACAUGCGAAAGUGUUCACAUUUUUAGACACGUUUUCUCGCGGUUUUGUACGAUUUGAUACGUAUUUUGUAUCGUUUGAUUGUUCAACGAUUCGAUGUCAUUUGUGAUACUUUCCUAAUAUAAAAAAAAGAAUAUUGUACAAUAUAAGGCUUAAAUAAAGAUCUGUCUAUAUAAUACACA